CAAAGCUGGAAAUGACUGCAGUUAUUCGUGGAGAUCCCCAUUUUCCUAAACCAUCUGUUUUUAGGCUAAGUAUUUGUUUUGUAUAUUCGGAUUUUAUAGGCUAAAGUGGCCAAAGCUUUGCAGCAUCUUAUUUAAGGUUGUAUUAUCGUCGACGUCUGGCCUACCUCAUAGGCAAUUAAAUGUUGGGAGAAAAGGCACAAGGCGUCCCUUUGAAAGUAAUGGACUACACCUAUGAUGCCGAUUUGGAAGAAUUGUGUCCUGUUUGUGGAGAUAAGGUCUCAGGAUACCACUAUGGACUCCUUACAUGUGAAAGUUGUAAGGGCUUCUUCAAGAGGACAGUCCAGAAUAAUAAGAGGUACACUUGUGCAGAAAACCAGGAGUGUAAAAUAGACAAAACACAGCGGAAGAGAUGUCCCUUCUGCCGAUUCCAGAAAUGCCUCAAUGUUGGCAUGAGAUUAGAAGCGGUGCGUGCAGACCGCAUGCGUGGGGGCAGGAAUAAGUUUGGCCCCAUGUACAAGCGGGACAGAGCCAUGAAGCAGCAGAAGAAGGCUUUGAUCCGUUCCACGGGCUUCAAGCUGGAUUCUGCUCCUCCACAGCUCUCGCCUGUACAGACUAACUAUGGCUUCACCGGCACCCUGCACAGCCUCCCAUCCCUCCCCAAAGGCCUUAUGCCCUCCAUCCCAGCCUCCAUCAACCCCACAGACUAUGAGGCCAGCCUCUACGGACCCCCCUCCCUGGGGGUGGCCAUGCAACCCCAUGGGCCCCUGCCCACCCAGUACCAGUACACAGCAUUCCCCAGCAGGGCCAUCAAGUCUGAGUACCCUGACCCCUACACAAGCUCCCCAGAGUCUCUGGUGGGGUACCCCUUACCGGACGGAUACCCCUCCGGUGGCUCCCCGCAGCUUCCCAGCCAGCCCCCGCUCGUGCUGGAGCUGCUGCGCUGCGACCCAGAUGAAAUGCAGGUGCAGAGUAAGAUCAUGGCCUUCUUGCAGCAGGAGCAGAGUGGCCGGGGCCGGCAGGAAAAGCUCAGCACCUUCAGCCUCAUGUGUCGCAUGGCUGACCAGACUCUGUUCUCCAUAGUGGAGUGGGCCAGGAGCUGCAUCUUCUUCAAGGACCUCAAGGUGGGGGAUCAGAUGAAGCUUCUUCACAACUGCUGGUCUGAGCUGCUGGUUCUGGACCAUGUCUUCAGACAAGUGCAACAUGGGAAGGAGAGCAGCCUGUUGCUGGUUACUGGCCAGGAGAUGGAUCUGUCAUCCAUGGGGUCCCAGGCAGGGGUGACUCUUUCAGGACUGGUCCAGAGAGGACAGGUGCUGGCUGGAAGGCUGCUGACACUGCAGGUGGACAGGAGAGAGGUUGCCUGCCUUAAGUUCCUCCUUCUCUUCAAUCCCAAUGUAAAGCUGCUGGAGAAUCAAGCGUUUGUGGAGAGUGUUCAGGAGCAGGUGAAUGGGGCUCUGCUGGAAUACACUCUGUGCACCUACCCCCUGUACCUGGACAAGUUCAGCCAGGUGGUGAUGCGUCUGCCAGAGCUGAGAGCCCUCAGCACCCAGGCAGAGGACUACCUGUGCUAUAAACACCUGAGUGGGGAGGUGCCCUGCAACAACCUGCUCAUCGAGAUGCUGCAUGCCAAGAGGGCCUGUGUAUGAGCACCACGCUACCAUCACUAUAUACCAACAGACUGUCUGUGGGACUGACGCUGUGGAAGCCAGACAGGGUUUACGAUUACAGCCCAGAGAGAAUGAUGUGUGAAUAUGGACUUGUGUUUUUGACAGUUCUUUAAAUGUACAUAGAUAACAUUUACAAAAGAAGCUUUGUUAUGAUACUGUACGCAAAUGUAACUUUGCCCUUUUCUUGAAUUCAGCAGAGUGAGGUGUUAUAUCAGAGCUAGUGGAGAAAUUUCAGAUUCUUCAGAUGAAAGAGGCACUAUAACACACGUCAUUCAGACUUGUCCUAGCCUUUCAAAUAUAGUGUAAACACUACAUUUAUUUGAGCACUUGUUCCUUUGUAAAUUGUCACCAACUUUACCACAAAGAAAUUGUUGUGUGAAAAAUAAGUUAUGUUCAAUAUAUAUUUUUUUCUAUUAGAUAUUGAUAUUCUAAUAUAUUAACUACACGUGUUUACAAGAAUCACAUAAGCACACUCAUAUUCAGUUUAACCUUAGAGUCGAUGUCUUUGCCACUGUGGAAAUCUAAUUAGCAUAAUACAAAAAUCGACAUAAAUACCUGUCAGUUUAAGCUAGAGAUAUAUUUUUGAUGUUGCAUUGGAUGCGUCUCAAUCCACCACAUCCUCCGUCGCAGUUCCGCAACUGCGGUGAAAGGUGACAGAGCUAGAGCGCUGUUUGUCAGACCAUGAGACAUCCCCGAAAAUCAGUCUUCUCACAAAAUCACCUCCAUGGAAAGAUGAGACUAUCACAAACACAAACAUGUCGGUCUGCUCUAGGACACCCACAGGCCUCACAUGACAUGUCUGAAGGUCCCCCGGUACCAGUUGAAAAAAUGUAUGGAAGUACACUAUCUGUUGUUCCAUGUAGUAAAUCUGUUAUUCAAUGCUUUUAAGGCCAAAAAUAGCAGUAAAGGCCAAAAAUAAUUUUUCAUCAAAUAAUUUGUACAUAUUUUUUUGUGGAUACUUCAAGGGGUCUUAAACUUCAAAAAUCAAAUAGCGAAAUUAUCCUUGGUAUGACCUUCUUAAAACAAUUCCAUAUAUCUUAGAACCCCCCGGGUGGGUUAAUGACAGUCUGUUACUCCAAUGAGAUAUUUGCUUAUAGUGAUAGAAAGAGAGAGAGAGAAACAGUGGAGAUGGAAAAUGUGGCAGUGAUGUGUGGGACAGAAUGAAAGGAAGCCAUCUUUGUUUGCAGCCAUUUCUUAUUAACAGAUGACUGGAGGAGGGCCCCAGAAAGAGAAGCCCACAUGUGAGGACAGAAAAAUGAACAACAAAGGAAACAAUCUCUUAUUAAGUAGACAUGUUAAACAUGAAGCUUUACGGUGUAAAUCCUCUUACCAAAGACCUAUCCACCCUGGCAACAGAGCCAGGUCAAGGAUAUGGGGUCGUGCACUGUGGAUGUUCUCCAGUCUUUUUGUAGUCACAUAAUGAAUGAAAACAUGCAAUUGGCGAUGUAUGCAAUGUUUGCUUUCCAAGGUAAACGUGAAGGAGAUAUAGGGAAAUCCAAUUGUAUUGAAGUGUAAAGAGAAUACAGACCAAUCGUACUUGAGAAAUGGCAUAUGAAGUGGAAAACAACAAGUAUCAGAAUUGCAAAGGUGUGAGGAACAACAGCAACAAGAACAACAUGUAACACGCACAUAUCUGUCAUUUCAGCACAUAUCUGUCAUUUCAGCACAUAUCUGUCAUUUCAGCACAUAUCUGUCAUUUCAGCACAUAUCUGUCAUUUCAGCACAUAUCUGUCAUUUCAGCACAUAUCUGUCAUUUCAGCACAUAUCUGUCAUUUCAGCACAUAUCUGUCAUUUCAGCACAUAUCUGUCAUUUCAGCACAUAUUGAAGCAAUAUGUUUGAAUUGGUCACACAGACAUGGCAGGGUUGGCUCUAUUCACUUCUAUUCAUAACACUUGCCUUAAGAUAACCCUGGCUUGUCUGUCUGUGAAUAUAUGGACCAUGGUUUAGUAACUGAUGUGAGAGUCAUCUGUACCUCUCCGCUGUAGUACAUUUCAAUUGGGAAACAUGAGAAGAUUAACACAGUGAGCUGUACCAAGCUCAGAUGUUUCAACAAACAGAUGUCUCCGUUUGUAAUUGGUUCUCUUGAUGUUGCUUUUGCUUCUAUUGUGUUUUUACCUUAUUCCGUGAGGUCCCAGUCUUAGUCGUUUUUGGUGAUGAGAUCUGUUUAUAGUCCUCAUUCUCAAACUGUCUGUGCUGGUCCACUUUGUUUCCUCUCUCAGCAAUUUGAAUGCUUUUCAAACACAAACAAUCCAAAUGUUUUUUUUCUUUCUUGAAAUAUAUUUUAUUGUAAUAGCAUCACACCAAUAAAUGCAAUUAAGUAAAGCUCUA